AUGAAGACCACCUCAGCUAUCAUCGCGGCUUCUGCCCUAGCAGGUACAGCUUAUGCUCAGGCUAACGCUACUUCCAUCGUACAGAAUGGGUUGGGAUACUUGUCAGGAGGUUGUAUUUCAACUGUAUUGUCGUUGAGCGAGAGCAGUUCGCCUUUGAACCAGUGUCUCGAUGGGAAAUUAUUAGCUUCUAUUGUUACUGGCAACUCAUCAAUCAUUGAACCAGUUGGAAAUUACCUCGACGAAUUCUGUUCAUCCCAACCAUGUUCCAAUGAAACUCUCACCAACGCCACCCAAACCCUCUUGAGUGGAUGUGCGACCGAUUUGACAAAAUUCGGAUUGACCAACCAGACUGUUGAGUGGGCCGUUGCUCAAUACCCCUUGGUCAGAGAUGUAUUGUGUUUGAAGACUUCAAACCCAUUUACCGGUAAUGGUACUUCCUCAUCCAACUCCACUUCUUUAACCAACUCUACUUCCUCAUCCAACUCAACCAACGGUACCUUUUGCGCCACCUCCUUACUUACCGAGUUCGAAUCAUACCUUGGUGAACCUCUUACUCCAACCAAUAUCGCCACCAUAGCUUUGGGAGGUAAUAGCUCUGCCGUUGACGCUAUCAAGUCCAUCCCUCCUACUGCCCUCUGUGACGAGUGUAUCUUUGGUGCAUUGUCGUUGAUCGAAGAACAAUACCCUCAAUUAGGCCAAAUUCGAAUUGGAGGAGACAGUACCGGUAACAUCACCGUCAACUCAUUCCUUGAACGAACUUGUAACGCUACUACCUCUGGUAACUUCACUGUACCUACCAACGGAACCUUGCCAACCAACAUCACCGAAUCAGCCGUCAACUCCACUUUGACUCCUGUCAACGGUACUGCCCCUCAAGCCAACUUGACCGCUGCUUUACCUACUCAAUUCUUCCCCUCGGUUACCUCUGAACUUGCCUCGCUCACUGCUUCAGCCACCGGAUCCGGAGCUGCUGCAGGUUUGAUCUCUAGCGCUGAGAGUGCCGUCGCCAGUGCCACUGCUGCUACUGGUCCAGGAGCUUCUGACUUGGUUUCUAGCGCUUCAAGCUUGGUUGCCAGAGCUGCUGUCACCGAUGUGAAGAAGAGAUGGAUCGGUCAACAAUAA